ACGCAAUGAAUUUUGUUUUUGUGAAAUUUAGCUUUUCCAUGUGCUGCAAUCUGGCACUUAAUAUUUAGCUCUACAGUCUACGUUGUAGUGUAAACUAUUCGCUGCGCCGAUAGUGUAUUUCUACAUACGGAUAAAGCUGUAAAACUAAAUGAUCUGCUUUAUAACGUUAUUGUAAUGUGAGCAUAAAGGCAGAGAGAGGAAUUAAAAUGGAAAUCACUCCUACACAGCAAAUGAUAUCUUCAUGUUCUGGCGCUCUCAUUACUUCUUUAUUUGUCACUCCACUUGACGUGAUUAAAAUAAGGCUCCAAGCUCAACAAGGAAGUCGAAAAUGUUUCAUGUAUUGCAAUGGACUCAUGGACCACAUGUGUUACUGUGUUAAUGGCAGGACAAGAUGGUAUUCGAGACCUGGCAAUUUCAAUGGAACAAUUCAUGCCAUGAUCAAGAUAGCUCAAAAUGAGGGAAUCAGUUCAUUGUGGAGUGGAUUGUCACCAACACUAGUCAUGGCGGUACCUGCUACUGUUGUUUAUUUCACAUCUUAUGAUCAACUUAAAUCAAAACUUGCUCCAAUAUUUCAUUCAUAUGCUCCUAUCAUGGCAGGUGCCAUAGCACGAGGAGGGACAGUGACUGUUAUUUCUCCUCUUGAACUUAUUCGAACCAAGAUGCAAUCACAACAACUCUCAUAUAGAGAACUUACAGAGGUGAUAAAAACAUCAGUGCGAAAAUCUGGUUUUAUAUCUUUAUGGAGGGGUUGGUCGGCCACUAUGUUGCGAGAUGUUCCUUUCUCAAUGAUGUACUGGUACAUGUACGAAGAAUUAAAAACACGUGUAAAUACUUCCUCACUUUUCUUGCAAUCUUUUAUAUCGGGUUUUUGUGCUGGUACAACAGCAGCCAUCGUAACUCUUCCACUUGACGUUGUUAAAACUUCGCGACAAAUUAAAUUAGGGGAAAAAGAAAUGCUUGGACUGAAUGGAAAUGGAAGUGUUACAACACUUGGUAUAAUGAGAAAUAUAAUCAACACUUCCGGUACAAGAGGAUUAUUUGUGGGUCUGUUGCCCAGAUGUGCGAAGAUUGCACCAGCUUGUGCUAUCAUGAUCAGUUCAUAUGAACUUGGAAAAAGUUUCUUUCGUUCUUCCAAUCAGUUAGCUUCAUCAGAAAGAAGCAGAGAUUUUAUUUCAAUUCAAGACAUAGGAACAUAAAAACACUCUUGAUUUUACUUAUUUUGCAUCAUUUUAUUGAAAUUAAUUUUCGAACACUUUACACUGUGGUUCUUUGUUUGCAACAAACAUAUCGUAGUCAAAAGUGUAAAGAACUAUGCGCUGCUGUAUUAAUAAUUAUUAAAGUAUACCAGGGUGGGGUAAAA